ACAAACGUUUCAAAAUGGACUUCGGCAACGAAGAGCGACGGUAGCACUCGUAUCUCGUCAUCUGCUCAGAUGUGAAUUGACUUAACAAAUCAACCAUCUGCGCUCUCUCGGUAUUUUGCGCGACGUUCAUCUCCUCAAGUGUGCGCGUUGUGACACUAUUGGGGAUUUCCGGCCUCAGUUAUGCGUGGACGAUAGCUCGAUUCCGUUGUCGCUGAAUUUUUUUUUGUGAACACGAAGGUAUGGAUAUGCGAAUGAUGGUGAUGGACCAUUUGCUCAGGCAGCAGGCCGAUUGAGCACAUAAAUAAAAGACUGUGUUUCUUGUGACUUUUCGGUCGGCAGUGGAAUAAACAUUAAACCAUUGCGCUAUCGUUGACUUCAUUGCUUGAUUGACUUAACAGAACUACCUUCUGAAACAGGGUCGCGCGUGUUUUUUUUCCUGUAUGGCGCCUAGUCAGGACGGCGAGCGCGGUGAGCGGCUCACUAAUACGCUGUUCGGCGCCAAAGAUGGAGGACGUCAUCGUCAGGAGCGCGCAUUGGCGUUAACGACUUUGCGUUGCACGACACGACGUUGCCCUUAGCUACGUCAAUAUGGUACCUUGUCCAAAAGCAGUUGUUACGAGUUAAUAGACCGUCAACUUGCCUCUGAAACAGAUGGAAAUCUAUGUAACGGCACGAACGAUGAAAGUCUGAGUUUGUGACGUUGGAACGUGAAUUUGGUAACUACCUUCGAAGGUAUAUGUUAUUACCAUAUACGACGAUUAAAUC